ACUGACAUUCUUAUCAUUGUAAUUUACAAGACGUCAAAAUCAGUUGGUACCGUACACAUUUUCAAGGAAAAUGACCAAAUUAAAUUAAUUUAAUUAUAUUAUAGGUUACAAUUGUUUACUAAAAUGAAAGAAAAAAUGCGUUGUUGUCUUUUCUUAUUGUUAAGUUUAAUAUUAAGCGUUCGUGCGUGGGAUGACGACGAUUUGGAAGUAUUUGACGUGGUUGAAGAAGUAAAUCAAAAUUUUUAUGAAUUUCUCGGGAUUUCACAAGAUGCUUCCCAAUCGGACAUUAAAUCAGCCUUCAAAAGGUUGACGUUAAAGUUGCACCCAGAUAAAAACGAUUCACCUGAUGCAGACGUUCAAUUCAGGAAUUUGGUUUCUAUUCAUAACAUACUUAAGGAUCCUGGGAAAAGAGAAAAGUAUAAUGAAGUCUUAGUGAAUGGUCUUCCAAACUGGCGGUCAGCCGUGUAUUACUAUAGACAUGUAAGAAAGAUGGGCCUAGCCGAAGGUUCGAUUAUACUUUUUAUAAUCAUAACAUUUGGCCAGUAUGCUGUCGGUUGGGCUGCCUAUCUAGAAAAGAGGUUUACAGCUGAACAAAUUUUGAAUAGUAGAGGCAAAAAAUCGAAAAAGUCAGGCUUUGAUACAGGCAUAGCGGAAAUAUUAGAUAUGUUACCUAAGCCCAGUAUAAAGGAUACAUUACCUUUUCAAAUACCGAGAGGAAUAUGGUGGACUAUUACAGCCAUCCCUCUCGCUAUCUCUGAGUUGAAGCGACGAAGGUUGGAGGAAAUAGAAAAAAAGAGAAGAAAAAAGAAAAUGGAGGAAGAAGAGCGCCUCCGAGCUGAGCGUGAAGUAGAACAAGUCAGCACCGCACGAAGGCGAAGAGCCUUCGUGCCGCCUGCCAGGGACUGUCUUCUGGAUCCGGGGGCGGAGCCCGAGGAAGCCGCUCCCGUACCUGUGCCUGUCAAACCUUCCCCUCCAGUGAUAUCAGGUGGCUUGUGGACGGACGAUGACUUAGCAGAACUUGUUCGUUUGGUUAAAAAGUACCCUCCAGGGGCCGCUGAACGUUGGGAAAGAAUCGCUGAAGCUAUGUGCAGAAGUGUUCCUGAAGUCACGCACAUGGCCGCAAAAUUGAAAGAAAACUGCUAUAAGUUGCCAGGACAAGACACUGUUGAGGAAACUCCUCAAGAACCGCCUAAAAAGGUGAAGACUCGUAAAGCGGAAGAGACGAGUGGAGGAAACUGGACGCAAACACAGCAGAAAGCGCUUGAAGCUGCUUUAGCCAAAAGUCCUAAGGGUUCCUCCGGCGAUCGUUGGCAAAAGAUUGCCAAUGCUGUGCCAGGGAAGACAAAGGAGGAAUGUAUGCAAAGGUGCAAAUAUUUGUCAGAGCUUUUAAGGAAACAGAAACAGAAAGAAGAAGAGGAAAUGCAAAACAAAAAUGCAGAAGAUAACGACAAAGAGACAGAACAAGAAUCUUUAAAUUAAUAUUUAUAAAAUUAAAUGAGAAUAGUACGAUUUUUUAAAAGUUACCAAUAAACUUUAAUAAUCUGUUAUAUCGGCAUAAUCCGUGUAAAAUUUUUGGCCCAAUAAUUUAUAGUUCUAUUUAAUAUGGCUGUAAUGUAAGAAUAAAUAUUUCAACUAUUAUGUAAAAGUUAUCUCAAUUAUUUUGAUAAUUUUUAAAAAAUCGCGCCCAAGUUUAAAACGUUAAAGUCAUCAAACGUCAAAGCUCAAAAUUGUUCGUGGUUGGAUAUAAAUGGCAUUUAAAUCAUGACAAAUGAAACAAAAGAGAUAAAUUGUAAAUAUUAUAUUCGUUAUUUAUAAUAAAUGAUUAUUAUCAUCA